UAUCUAUUCUUUCUUCUUUACUUCUCCCCGUUUUCUUCUUCAUUAUCUUCUUCUUCUACCUAUGUGUUUGGUAACUUUCCUUUUUAAUCCGAGAUUGCAAAGAGUAAUGUGGCUAAUUGUCAUACUUCUCCUCCGUCUUGGGUUCAUCCUUCCCCCUACCCAAAUCCUCACCUAAAUCAGAUGCGAGUGUCCCUUCCUUUUGGUUAGGUGGUAUUCAGUAAAACAAGUGGAUCAUCGAUAUGGAUUUGGAUCUUAUCCGUGAAGUAAGUAUUUCGGUUAAUGAUGCUGAUAGUCUUGUUCCUGAGCUUGGGUCAAGUAAAGCUGAUCUCCCUGAAAGGAUCUCUUCGAAUGGAGAGGUGAACGGAGAAUUAGGAAAGGCAUGUGAGGUUCUGAUCAGAGUCGAAUUGGAUUUAGCAUGUUCUUCAGAGAAAUUGGCAAACUUGAGUUUACUUCUAAUGCAUGUGGCAACAAGGGAAAGUGAUUUUGAAACCUUUGCUGCAAAGAAAGAAAGUGUGGCAGUUGAUUUUGUUGAAAAAGCUCUGGAGUUUAAUCUUUUAUCAGGAAUUCUAGAUUCAGAGUUGAGAGAAUUGGAUAACUUUAUGAGUACUCUUCAAACAGACAUUGGAAAUGCUCAUGAUGGUAUAUGUUCAUUCAAGCACUUGGAAGAAACUUUCUUGGAAAUGGAACAAAAGUUGCAUGAUUCUGAAGAAUCCUUGAAGCAGUUACAAGAUCAAAUCUCGGAAAUGAGGAUGCAAUCUGCUAAGCUCCAAAGGAUCUUGUCCUGUCUAGAUGCAGAUGGAAAUUGGAAUGGUAACCAAGGAACCGACUUCUUAAAAGAUGGCCAAUUUUUGAGCGUGAAUGCAAAGAUCAAAAUGCAAACUGUUGAGCAACAAAGGCAUAUUUUGAGGUUGUUGGAGAAAUCUUUGGACAGAGAGAUGGAUCUUGAGAAGAAGUUAACCGACUCAAGACAGUUUGAGGAAGAGCUGAAAAUGAGGCUAUUCUCUUCCGAACGUGACAUGUAUUGCAUGGAAGAAGAAGCAGCAGAUGCUUAUGAAAGGUGCUUUGAGGCAGAGAAUGCUCGUGAGAUCCUGAUG